AAGAAUAUUCGGGCAAUCAAUAAGAACAUUUUAGCCACGAAAUCACGGGAGACAUAUGGGCUGCAAGACGCUAAGUGACCUGAGGGCGCCCCCCCAAGCCGUACCCAGGCGCCGCCGGAAGACGCGCCGUUGACCCGACGCGGCCGAUAUCCGCUACCCAAGCGGAACCAAGGGACCCUCCAGGACGCGCCUGAGGGCGCCCCCCCAAGCCGUACCCAAGCGACACCGGAAGACGCGCCGUUGACCUGACGUGGCCGAGAUCCGCUGCCCAAGCGGAACCGAGGAACUCUCCAGGACGCGUCGGAACGGGCAGUUCGCGCUGAGACACGCCACCGUCAACACCCUUGGCUGACCUCUACUUAACGUCCGUGCUAUCCGUGCCCUUCUCUCGUGACCCCGCUUACCGCUUGAAGAAUAAAGACAUAAGAAGCACCACGGCCUUUGUCUACACCCAUUUGUGAAUCCCUCACAAGUGGCGGCAGCGGAAAACUCUUUCGCAACAAGAGAGACCCCAGCCUCCGGAAAGCAAGAUAGGUCAAGAAAAGAACCCUACGCUAACCCCGCCGCGCUCCCACGAACCCACGAUCUGCGGCGUCCGAGUCCCCGUGACGCCCACGCCGAGACAACAAACAGCUCCUCCAGCCGAAGCCAAGAUGCUCGUUCUGAUGCUCCUGGCCAUGGCUUCACCCUUGCUCGCCGAGCCAGGCCUACCCGAAAGGUUACGCGCCGUGCCCGGUGCAUUAAUCGAAAAUCUAGGCACAGUAUUCCCGAUAUCGAGUAAUAUCGAAGUUAGGGUCUCCCUUCGCCCCCUCUCUGAUAUUUCUAACAUAGCCAUUCACCACUUAAACGAGAUAACCAGGCUCCGCAACGAAAUAGCUGAAGACAAUCUAUCUCACGAGAAGUUCUUCCUUCUGGACAAAGCUAUAAACUCAACAAUGUUUACCUUGCAACAGUUUGUCGUACACAAACGUCGAUCGCGUCGCGGACUGAUUAACAUUGUAGGGAAAGUUGCGCACUCGCUCUUCGGUGUCGUAGACGAUGACACCCUUACCUCUACAUUUUCCGAAUAUCGGUCAACAUUAUCUACAAUAAGUCAACGUUUUGAUACUUCUAUCCAUAACAUUAACGCCAUUGCUGACAACAUUCAACAGCUACAACACGCCUAUAAGAACAUAUCUCACACCUUCAACGUCCUUCAAAAAGAUUAA